UACGGGCACACUGUUUGGCUUAUCGCAGAAUUGUUGACAAAUAUAUAAUCGGGCUUUGUUUUGUAAAAAACCUAUUUUGAGUAAUUCAAUUGUGUUUCUUGUGCAUCGGGGAUUUUAAAAUAUGCAUGUGCGCAAAAUAAAUGCUCAUUGGACAGAAAAGAAAUGACAGUGCGCGGCAUUGAAGCCAUUAAAUUAUAUAUGCCGAAAGCAAAAGACGAUGCAGCAUCUGCCAUAAAGAUAGACGUACGCGAGGAGACGGGGCAAACAAUUGAAGCUGUUGAUGAGAAUAGUAGUAGCAGCAACAACAUGACCUCAGUGGAACGUUACAAGCAAGAGUGGACGCAAUUGUUGGCCACUCUGGAUGAGAAUCCCAAUGCAGACUCAUUGCGCUUGGCCGCUUUCAAUGGCCAGCUGAAAAUGUCAAAGUUUCGCAGCUUGCACUGGGCGCUGCUGCUGCGUGUGCUUAACUCGGACUAUCGCAGCUGGCAUACACAGCGUCUACAGCAGCGCAGCAGAUACGAAAAGUUUCGCGUGGAUUAUGUGCGUAAUCCGCAUGAAUUGUCGGUGCCUGUGGAUGACAAUCCACUGUCCCAGUCCACGCAGAGCGUCUGGAAUCAGUAUUUUAGUGAUCAGGAAUUGUUUGCCGUUAUACGUCAGGAUGUGGUGCGCACUUUUCCCGGUGUCGACUUCUUUCGCAAGGCUUUAAUACAGAACGCCAUGACCAAUAUAUUGUUCUACUAUGCGCGUGAGCAUCCGUAUAUGUGCUAUCGUCAAGGCAUGCAUGAGAUCUUGGCGCCCAUUAUCUUUGUGCUCUACAGCGAUCAUCAGUCGUUGCUGCACUUUAGCGAAAUUGACAAGGAUGACAUUAACGAAACGUUGCUGAAUGUACUCGAUCCAGCACAACUGGAAGCUGACACUUAUUCUAUAUUCUCACGUCUUAUGGCUUCUGUGGAGUGCUAUUAUCGCGUUACAAAUCUGGUGCCCACUGCCGAAGGGCAAAUAGAAAAGAAAACGCCAAGCGAUUUGCCCGCUGCUGACACUGAGCCACAAACGGAGGUUGAGGUUAUCAGUCAGUUGAAUUUCAUACGUGAUAAAAUUCUGGCCAAGCAGGAUCAGCACCUGCAUCAUUAUCUGCUCAAAAUGGAAAUACCAUUGCAUAUAUUUGGCAUACGCUGGCUCCGCUUGCUUUUUGGCCGUGAGUUUACGCUGCUUGAUCUGCUAAUGCUGUGGGAUGCCAUUUUCGCUGACAGCGAUCAUUUUCAUCUGCCCAACUACAUACUGGUGGCGAUGCUGGUGCAUAUACGCGAUAAGUUGCUUUUAAGUGAUUAUACGACAUCGCUUACAUAUCUCAUGCGCUAUCCCAGCAAUGUGGAUGUCAACUUGGUGCUACGACAUGCUCUACACAUGAUGAAUCCCAAAGAUUUUGAGUAUCCUACAAGUGCUUUUAACUAUGUAUCACAAUCGAAUGCCUUAAUCUCACCGCCAACCACUACUGAAUCAAGACCCGCAGCCAAACAACGCGUGCGCACUAAUUCUGACUCAUCGACCAGCACUGGCAGUAGUCAGAUUGAUCGUCAUAUUAGCUAUAUGCAAGCUAGAAAUGCAGCGCAGGCAUCAGCGCUGGCCAAGCUGCAAGAUACCAAUCGCGUGGCCAUGGAUGGCUACCUGGAAGAUAGCCCCGAGUUGUUGCGCUUGGAGCUAAAGAAUGCUCAGACUGUCCUUAAAAUAGCGCGCACAAAGCUUAUGAGAUACUUGGCAAAUGUGCGCCAGCAUAUGGGCAAGCAGCAGUCCAAUGAAGACUUGAAUCGCACCUUGGAUAACAUUGAGGAGCUGUGCAGUUUCUUGGAUCACAAAUUUGUAUUUCCCAUGCACUCACGCUCCGCACCUAUUGAUCAAGCACUGGAGGCUAACGAGCGCAAACAAUCAAAUAGUGCCAAGACACCGGUGCCAGCCGACCCGCCAAAUACUGAACCAACGCCAGUUACAACUGCAUCAUCCUUAGCCAGUGGCUAUGAGAUGCCAGAAAAUGCUUUCAUGCAUAGCUCAACGCGUCGUCUGCUGGGCGAUCGUUGGGAAAUUGAAUUGUCAACAAUUACUAGCGACGAGAAGCCGCAAACCCUGGUGCUGCAAAAUGGUCUGCCUGCGGCAGAGCCGCAACAACGACCACACUAAUUGCAUGGACUGAAUUAAGCUAACUUAUGCUGUGGAAUCAUUUGUACAGAGAUAUGUGAACAUAUAUAAUAAUUUAAUACAAA